AUGAUGGGUGAUAUGCCUAGCUCAGAAGAAAAUGCCACCGAUAGAACCAACUCUAUGCGGCUGACUUUCACCAAUGACUUUGAAAACGUCCCGGUAUUGUUCAACGGGUUUUUUGCUAGAACAAAAAGUCAGGCUUUCGGCAUUUUUUGUCUAAUAUUUUUCACAGCAUUUUUAUUCAGAACCUUCAUAUUUAUUUAUAUCUACGUCGAAGAAGGUGCUUGGAAAAUUGCAACAAAGCUUCAAAACCCUAAACCCAAGGAGACAGUUCAAUUUGGAUUCGAUGACGAAAAAGACCCAGAAGUGCUUUGCCCUAACUUUGCGGGACCAAUAUACUACAAACGAUCCGAUGAUGCUUUAUCGCUAUCCUCCUCUUCGCCUAAUAGUCACAUUCUCAAUAAUAAGCAAAAGGUACUUUGGUUACUGCUUUUUUAUACUAGUUGGAAAGAGUUUGAGAGAGACUUUCUAAGAAUCAUAUUGUCAUUCAUAAUUGCAACACUAGCAUAUUCUUUGAUGUUAGUAGUGAUGACAUAUGUGACAUGUUACUUUUUUGCUACUGUUUUAGGCUUGACAUGCGGUGAGGUUUGGUUAAAAAGAUUGGGUAGGUUAUUAUACUCCAAUGGACACAUGACAGCUAAUAGUGAGGAACUUUUAUCAGAACCAAAAGUAUUAUGUUAA